GAGAACGAACGCCAACACCACAGCUUUCAACUCGUCACCAGCUCUAACGUAACAUUACCACCACUACCGAAGUUUUCUUUUUUCGAAAUCUUUACUUCUCAAAAUGCCUUUCAAGGUCACCCAGCUGCUGCUGGCGGUGUUGCUGGUCACGGCGGCGCUCUCCGCGGAGGCGCGUCUUGUCGUGCGCAUGGUUCAAGUCGCGCAUCGCCACGGUGCGCGUGGUUCCCUGGUGGUGGACAACACCACGGAUAUCUGCGGCCUCGAGUACCCGUGUGGUGAGCUCACGGGCGCAGGCAUCGCGAUGCUCAACUCCGUGGGCCAGUUCGUGCGUGAGCGCUACAGCGACCUCUCGCUGGUGGAGAAACCUCUCUUCCCGACCACGCGCUACAACUCCUCGGUGGUGUACACCCGCUCCACGGGCAUCCAGCGCACCAUCCAGAGCGCCACCGCCUUCCUGAGCGGCCUCUUUCCGGACGACUACUUCUAUCCGGUGGUGUACUCUCACAACUACACCACCGACACCCUCUUGAACACGGACAUUGUGCCUUCUGUUGCUGGAAAGCGGUGGUUAGAUAUGGACAAGCAGAACGCUGCGCUCAACCCCAUCAUCGAUUCACACCUUACAAAGACGCAAAUUGAGGACGCUGCGAAGGAAGCCUACAUCGAGGGUCUUUGCAGUGACUUCGAGCAACGUUCGAACUGUGCUUACAACCUAUACGAUAUUGCGACUUCUUUUGACGCUGCCGGACGCCUUAAAGCCAAAAAGAAAUUGGCGGCGAUUAUGCCAGCUCUUGUCGCGUACACUAUUGGGUGGUACCGCUUUAUCUACGACUACGACAAGUCCGUGGAGAUCGACAACACUCAGGGGUCCGCAGCGCAAAACCUCGCGCAGACCAUGGUGGCCAACAUGAACGCACACAAGCUGUCGCCGUCCUUCACGCUGUACGAGUUCAGCACGCACGACGUAAUGGUGUCGCCGCUCGCGGCGACCAUCGGCGACCACAACGACGUGACCAUGAAUCCUCCGUACGCCACCUCCAUCAUCGUGGAGCUGCUGCAGGACACGGAGUCGCCCAACGACUGGUACGUGCGUCCGCUGCGCGGCAACCCGAUUCUGCAGGACACCGGCAGCUAUAAGUUUGUGCUGAAUGACAUGGAGGUGCGCUGCAUCGACGCUGCCGGCAACCAGUACCUGGCGGCAACCGGCAUCUGUCCGCUCGACGGCUUCCGCCGCAUGAUGGAUUACUCCCGCCCCUCCGUCCCCAACGGGCAGUGCACGAUGCCGCAGAACCAGUAUGAUAACAUGGGAUGCCCGCGCACCGUUGCGGAUGGCAAGCCAGUUCCGUACUACUGCUGGCUCUACCGCUAUGUAUGCCCUCAGACCGCCUGCCCUGAUGGGAACGUCCUGGGUCGCGAGGACCUCCAGUGCUACCCGCUUGGCCCGACCACCACCCCUGCCCCGCAACCGAACUCAUCGCCGGUCCCCAUGGCGUGGACGCCGCGCACGAUGGACCCAAAGAAGGCUAAGGACAUCGCUGCUGGUCUUCUCCGCGGCGUCGAGGAGGGCGUCGUGCUCGGUUCGGCCACUCGCAAGCACGGUGAGUGA